GAUGAACUCCAGCUCCACCUUGGAUGGUAAUCAGAGCAGCCGCCCUUUUUGCCUCUUGGCACUUGGUUAUUUGGAAACUGUCGACUUUUGCCUUUUGGAAGUGCUUAUUAUUGUUUUUCUAACUGUAUUGAUCAUUUCUGGCAACAUCAUUGUGAUUUUUGUAUCUCAUUGUGCACCUUUGCUAAACCAUCACACCACAAGUUACUUUAUCCAGACUAUGGCAUAUGCUGACCUUUUGGUUGGGGUAAGCUGCCUGGUCCCUUCUUUAUCACUCCUGCACUACCCCCUUCCAGUAGAGGAGUCACUGUCUUGCCAGAUAUUUGGUUUUGUAGUGUCAGUUCUGAAGAGUGUCUCCAUGGCCUCUCUGGCCUGUAUCAGCAUCGAUAGAUAUAUUGCCAUCACUAAACCUUUAACCUAUAACACACUGGUGACACCCUGGAGGCUACGUCUGUGUAUUUUCCUGAUUUGGCUUUAUUCCAGCCUGGUCUUCCUGCCUUCCUUUUUCCACUGGGGCAAACCUGGAUAUCAUGGAGAUGUGUUUCAGUGGUGUGCAGAGUCCUGGCACACCGAUCCCUACUUCACCCUGUUCAUCGUGAUGAUGCUAUAUGCCCCAGCUGCCCUCAUUGUCUGCUUCACCUAUUUCAACAUCUUCCGCAUAUGCCAACAGCACACAAAGGAAAUCAGCGAAAGGCAAGCCCGCUUCAGCAGCCAGAGUGGGGAGACUGGGGAAGUGCAGGCCUGUCCAGACAAGCGCUAUGCUAUGGUCCUGUUCCGCAUCACUAGUGUAUUUUACAUCCUCUGGUUGCCGUAUAUCAUCUACUUCUUGUUGGAAAGCUCCACUGGCCACAGCAACCGCUUUGCAUCCUUCUUGACCACCUGGCUUGCUAUUAGUAACAGUUUCUGCAAUUGUGUCAUUUAUAGUCUCUCCAACAGUGUCUUCCAAAAGGGACUAAAGCACCUCUCAGGGGCCAUGUGUACUUCUUGUACAAAUCAGACCACAGCCAAGGAUCCUUACACAGUUAGGAGCAAAGGCCCCCUAAAUGGAUGUCACGUCUGAGAUGAAUCACGUAUUUGGUCACUCUGUGUGUGGCCCUUUU